GCGAUUCGUUGUCUCCGUGUUCACGUGUGCCAACCGUACCGAGGCAUCGUUUGGGUUGGGUCCGAUCUGGCGUGCCUCCUGUCUGAACUCUCUCCCCUUCUCCCCUGUAUAUUCUCUGCGUACUUUGACUUCUCCCCUGAAAUCACAUCAGAAAAUCCAAGCGAAACACCAAAGACUCUCUCUGUCUCUCUCUCCAUGGCUGACGCGAAGACUGAAUGGAACGCUUCUCCGACGUCAGAUGACAGUUCGAGUGAGCCUCGUGCAAUUCAAAGACCAAAGGAAGAUGACAAAUCGCCCCAUCAUCACAGGGAAACGCACGGAAGGCGCAAAGACAUUGACGAGAACACCCCGUUGAGCGAUGUCAAGGCACCUAACGUAUUUGAACGAGCGAAGGAAGAGAUCGAGGCUCUUGUUCAAACUAUCCAUUUGAAGAAAGAGUCUCCUACUCGUGAAAAAAGGGACCAGACGGUGCAGACAGAGUCCAGUGCUAGUGGUUCUCCCUCAGUAGCAGAAAAUGAUGGCAAAGGACCCAAUUUCAUUGAGAAAGCGAAGCAGGAGAUCGAAGGAAUUAUGCAUUUUAAGAAGUCGCCCCGCCAUCAUCGCAAGGAAACUCACGGCUUGAAUGAGGACAUUGAUGAGAACACCCCGAUAGACGAGGUUAAAGCUCCAAAUGUCUUUGAACGAGCAAAAGAAGAAAUUGAAGCCAUCGCACAAGCCAUCCAUCCAAAGAAAGAAUCAAGCAAUGAUGCCCUAAAGUCACCAAAGAAGGAACACGGAUUCAGGUACUCCAUCGGAAAAGGUUUGGAGAAGGUUUGCUCUCCGUUGGGUCAUAAAAGAGACUAGAUGUUGAGCUUCGGGAAAUCCCUGAAGAGUCUUCAUUGUUUAGCAGUCCUUACGGAAGCGAAACAAAGGAUAAGCCGCAACUAUCUGACCACAUUUACUUGCCUGGCUUCUCUGGGGAUGACAGUUUGUUUCAUGUAAUCUGCUGGUGUGUUUUGUCACUCAAAGGUGCAUAUAAAGUUGGUGUUUUUUGUUACCCACCCAUCCUGUUAACCUGUCGGAUCUUACAAGAGCGAGAUUGAAACUUGUCACUUGGCUUAGGACUGCUCUUCUGUGACUCCUGCUUCUGGUGCAUUGGGCUUUACUGGGUUAAAUUAUGCAGAGUCAUGUAUGGCCGAUAGGAUGAUGCGAGCGAAUGUUUGUUACUGACUCGAUCUAUUUCAUCCCAUUUUUCGACAUAACUUUUGCAGUUA